CGCACGUUAUUUCAUAAUGAGGCAGAAAGAGAGAGAAAGAGAGCGGUAGAGGAGCUUGCGUACGAUGCCAUAUUGCUCCCAGAUGAGACGCCCACUUGGCCUUUUUCUCUGCCAUUUAGCUAUUAGCCACCACCUUUCAUAACCACCACAUUACCCAUCACCUCCCUCUCUCUCUCUUUAUAUAUUAUUAAUCCUUUCCAUUUUGUCUUUCAACUGAUCACAUAAGAGUAAACACUAAAAUACAGCAGUGAUAUCUCACCUUCUCUCUUGGUUUCUGUUGUAUAUAUAUAUAUAUUUGCCAAAUAUACAUAAAAGCAUUGAAUUCAAGUGUUUUUAAUUUAGCUAGAAAUCUGGGUGCUUGAUGCUGGGCGAAUUCACUUCCCGGUGAUCGAGGAAUUUGCAGAGAUUAUGUAAGCAUUGAAGUUUCUUGGGUUUUUCAAGGAAUUAACUUUAUGUUAAAGAAGAUUUAGAGGCAGUGAAGUGGAAUAUAGUAAAAGAUGAAUACCAGAGUCAGAACAAGGCUGCAGUCCAAGAAAGGUCCAGCGAAGCCUGAAAAAUUUCAAUGAUGGAGAAGAUAGAAAUAAAGGGGAACAAACAAAGAAAUGCCACUAAAGCGGCUAAAACUCGACAAGCCUCGAGCAGAGAGAGGAAAAUAUCAUUGCAGCAAGAUGUUGAUAAACUAAAGAAGAAGCUCAGGUAUGAGGAGAACGUUCAUAGAGCUUUGGAGAGAGCUUUCAACAGACCUUUGGGAGCUCUACCUCGCCUUCCUCCAUAUCUACCUGCAUCUACGCUAGAGCUUCUCGCAGAAGUGGCUGUUCUGGAAGAAGAGGUUGUUAGGCUUGAAGAACAGGUUGUGCAUUUUAGGCAGGAUUUAUAUCAAGAAGCUGUCUACAUUUCAAGCUCCAAGAGGAAUGUGGAAAGUUUUGCAGAUUUAUAUGACUUGUCCCAAAAUAAUAAUUCCAAACAAGCUAAUAUUAAGACCAUUGCUCGAAAUAUAGGUGAUUCAACCACAUUCACGGUUGGGCAUUUGCCAUCUCUUUCAGAUGGACAAGAGAAAGAGAAUCAGUUGUGUACUAAUUCUGUGAAGAACAACAAGAGUUCCUCAAUCCAUAAAGCUCAACCGGGCAAAACUCCCAUGAAAAAACAUCCCAUUGAGAAUAAACAAAUUGAGAAGUGCUUAGAUCCUCAGAAAUUGCAACUAGAAUGUCGAGCAAUAGGCCAAGAGAAUCCAAAAGAAGCAAGAAAUGUUAGUACUGCAGACGAGCAUCUAUCAGCAAAUGACAACCCAAACAAGAUAUCUGAGGACAUUGUGAAAUGCUUAUCAAACAUUUUCUUGCGAAUGAGCUCAAGAAAGACUAGACGUACUGCAGAUAAUCUGUCUUUCUUAUCAUCGUUAGUGUCUCAAGAAAAUGGUGAAGAAAUUGAAUGUAGAGAUCCUUACAGUAUAUGUUCAGAAGUUGGGAAGAAAGAUAUUGGUCCUUAUAAGCAUUUAUUUGCUAUAGAAGCUGGCACAAUUAAUCCGAACCGGACAUCAAACUCUCUGUUUCUACUUCAUAGGCUAAAACUUCUUCUUGGAAAACUUGCAUCCGUCAACUUACAGAACCUCACCCAUCAAGAGAAGCUUGCCUUCUGGAUAAAUAUCUACAAUUCCUGCAUGAUGAAUGCAUUUCUAGAACAUGGAAUACCAGAAAGUCCAGAGAUGGUUGUUGCACUAAUGCAAAAGGCAACAAUUAAUGUUGGGGGGCACUCGUUAAAUGCAAUAACUAUUGAACAUUUCAUCCUCAGACUGCCUUAUCACUUAAAAUACGCAUUUUCAAAGGGAACAAAAAAUGAUGAAAUGACAGCAAGGAGCAAAUUCGGGUUGGAGUUAUCUGAACCAUUAGUGACAUUUGCCCUCUCCUGUGGAAGCUGGUCCUCCCCUGCUGUAAGAGUGUACACUGCAUCUGAAGUUGAAAAUGAACUGGACGCGGCAAAGAGGGAGUACUUACAGGCUGCAGUGGGAUUUUCAACAAGAAAGUUUGCAAUCCCAAAGCUGUUGGAUUGGUAUUUACUCGAUUUCGCAAAGGACUUGGAGUCAUUACUUGACUGGAUCUGCCUCCAACUACCGAGUGAGCUUGGGAAAGAAGCCAUUAAGUGCCUUGAGAGAGGUAAAAGCGAGCCUCACUCGCAGUUUGUUCAAAUUAUGCCGUAUGAGUUCAGUUUUAGAUACCUUUUGUGCACAUAAAUAAAUUUCAUCAUCAUUUUUGCUUGCUUACAUGAUUGUGGGGGAGUAUCAAUUUUGUACAAAGAUAUAGGAUAUAUAUAAAUAUUAUAUAUCAUAGCUAAAUGUAUUAUUUGA